UAGUUUUAUUUCGGUGUUUGGUUCUGGCUGCUCUGUUGGCCUCCUCGUUGUCAAGCGGAUUUCUAACGUUAAUUUAACCGACAGCUGCAACAACAAUCAUUUUAACGAGGAUUUUGUUUUACCUACGAUAUAAAGAUGGAUAUAGCUGAAGACCAGGCUUCGUGUUAACGUAUUUUAUUUGGACUGACUUGGUGAUGUUGCCUCCAUCAGAGAAACUGCCUGGUUCAGGCUGACUUUUCGGUAUGACAGGGUCAGCAUCUUAUUACCUUGCUAUCAAGAUUUCCAAUACAGAUUUUCAAAUGAAAAUGGAGGAUAUGCCCCUGUCAGGCCCAGACAACACCAAGCUGGAGGCCUUGGUCCAUGACAUCUACUCUGAGCUGGUGGAAGAUGCCUGUUUGGGCCUGUGUUUUGAAGUACAUCGUGCUGUGAAACAGGGCUAUUUCUUCUUGGAUGAAACGGACCAAGAGAGCAUGAAGGAGUUUGAAAUUGUGGAUCAACCAGGAGUGGACAUAUUUGGCCAGGUAUACAAUCAGUGGAAGAACAAAGAGUGUGAGUGUCCAAACUGCAAAAGAUUGAUAGCAGCUUCUCGCUUUGCCCCACACCUGGAGAAAUGUCUCGGUAUGGGACGCAACAGCAGUCGUAUUGCCAACCGCAGGCUAGCCAGCAAUAACAACAUGAGCAAAUCAGAGAGUGAUCAGGAAGACAAUGAUGACCUUAAUGAUAAUGACUGGUCGUAUGGGGCAGAAAAAAAAGCCAAGAAGAGAAAGUCAGAUAAGAAUCAAAAUUCCCCGAGAAGAUCCAAAUCUCUAAAACACAAAAAUGGUGAGCUUGGGAGCAGCAUCAGUUCAGAGCCCUACAAGUAUAACUACAAUACUGGCAUCAGUUAUGAAACAUUAGGCCCUGAUGAAGUCAGAUCCCUUUUAACAACACAAUGUGGGGUGAUCUCUGAGCACACCAAGAAGAUGUGUACCAGGUCUCAGCGAUGUCCCCAGCACACGGACGAACAGAGGAGGGCCGUCAGGGUGUUCCUCCUGGGGCCGUCGGGUGAGCCGUCGCUGCCAGAUGCAGACACUGUGGCGGAGAACGACAGCUUUGACAUUCCAGAUGGACAGACCCUGAUGAGCCGCCUGCAGUGGGAAGACUCCCCUGAUAUCUCACCCACUGACUCUGCCUCAUCUAAAGCCAGCACCAACCAUUCAGAUUCAAGAAAGCCGAAGAAGAAGAAGAGGACGUCUCUCGGUUUGAAUAGUGGCGGAGGAGGAGGAAGUCUGACUGGAGGCAGCAGCAGCAGCUCUCAGAGUAAUAUCAGCUUGUCGACCAAAAAAAAGAGGCCCAAACUCUCAGCACCUUCUAUUUCAAGUAUCUAUGAUGACUUAAACUAGCAACAACCUGUUUGCCUCCUCUGGAUCGAGUCCUUCCUUUCAUACCUACAUUCACAGGUAUGAGCAGGUUGGGAUUAAACUUGAUUUUAGUGGUUUUUAAAUCAUUCUGCCUUAACAAGUAAGGCGUCUCCAUUUUAUUGAACACAGUGUCUGAAAAGGUUUGGUCAGUCACAGAGUCCAGUCAGAGCAUCUUUAGGUACGUAUUAGGGAAAUUCAGUCUUAAAACAGUCUUCUGACUUUUGCAGUAAUUUGGACAGUUUGGUCAACACAGACAGCUGCUGUUGCCCUAAUGUGUAUAUCAGGGUGACAGUGCAUUCAUGUGACAUUUUUUAUAGUUGGUCUGUUGAACUUGCACCAGUAACAAACUGUGGGUCAUCUGAAAUGUUGUUUCAGUGUAAUACAUUUUACAUGAUUGGAAGGCUUCCAAGAAGAAUUUCAAUUGACACUGUUGCACUAUAUGGCCAAAAGAAUGCUGAACAUUUUAUGUGAUUCUUCAACACGUAUUUCCUAAACCACCGUCUUUGAAGUUUGCUAUAACAGCCUCCUCGCUUCUGAGAAAACUGUCCAUCAGAUUUUAGAACCUGGCUGUAGAGAGUUGAUCCCAUUUAGCCACAAAAGCAUUGGUGAGAUCCAACACUGAUGUUGGGUGAUAAGGCCUGGCUCACAGUCUGUGUUCCACUUCAUCCUGAAAGUGUUGGAUUAGGCUGAGAUCAGGGAUCUGUGCACACCGAACUAAACUGAAAACCAUCUCUUAUUGGACCUGGCUUUGUGCUCAAGGCUUUCGUCAUUUUGAAACAGGGAAAGAUUCUUUCCCAAACUGUUUCAAGUCAGAAGUACAUUAUUGUAUAAAACAUCACUUUGUUGUACAUUUAGAUUACCUUUGAUUGUAAGUAACGGACAUGGCUCCAAUCAUGAGAACAGCCCCAGUGUAUGUAUACAAAGGAAUGUGGACUGAAGUGUCCACAUAGUUUUGACCAUAUAGAUGAAGCAGCUGCAGAAUUUGUAUUAAAUGACACGAUCACUACAAUCUGUCUCUGUUGAUCAGCUGAAGUAGAGAAUUGUUUUUGAAAUUCACAAUUAAAACUGAGCUGUACAAUAUAAUAGGACUAACCUCGAUUUAAUUUUAUGCUGGAAAAGCUAAAUUACUUUUCUCUUGAAGAGACACUGUGAAUGGCCUUUUUCACAGCAACAAUUUUGACUCGAUUUAGGAGGAAAACCUCUGGUGUAAUUUAUAAUAUUAAUAUUAAUAAGAGCCUUCAGCCUUCCUAAAUUCGGGGUUCUGUCAGUGUGUAUGUUUGCUCACUGAUGUGUGUACUGAUACACUUAAAUGGAACACAGCCUUAGUCAACAGAAUGAAUUACUCCUGUGCUCGUCCUGCUGUGACUAGUCAAAAUACCUGUUCUUGAAAAGGCCGAUUGGCAGUCUUGAUUUAUCCACCUGGCUUUUUAUUUUUUCCUCAAAGGCAUGGAAAAAGUUGAAAUCUUAAAUGUGGCUUUCUGAAACCUUCAGGUACUCUGUCAUUGUUUGCGGCCUUGUGACCUGUCCCUCCUUUUUUUUGACUCUGUGUUCACUUCAACUUGGUUGUGAGGAAGCGUGGACUUUUAACUGCUUUAAAUUUGACACUUGACACACGUAUACUGGAGUACUCAUCAGUGGCUUUUUAAUUCUAGCAUUGUAUUGCACAGUUUGUGUGUGUGUAUGUGUGUAUGCGUGUGUGCGCGCGCCUCUGUAUGCUGACUUAAAUUCAGCGUGAACGUCACUUUUUCGUGUACUGUGUGUGUAUGUGUGUGGUUAAAGGGUGUGCAUGUGUGUAAUCAUUUAUAUUUUCACAAAACUAUGCAU